CAUUGUAGCGGUCAAAUGCCGGGUGGUGGGUUGGAACGAAAUGAUCGACAUGAAGGGAUCCUCGCCAGUUAUUUCCAGCGGGAGAUUGGAAUUAACGGAUUCGGCCGUAUUGGUCGCUUGGUCCUGCGAUCUGCCGUGGCCAAGGGCGCCUCUGUGGUGGCCGUCAACGACCCCUUCAUUCCUCUGGACUACAUGGUUUACAUGUUUAAGUAUGAUUCUACUCACGGACGCUUCAAGGGCGAGGUCAAGCACGACGGCACCUUCUUGUACAUUAACGACCAGAAGAUCACAGUGUUCGGAGAACGCGACCCCGCCAACAUUGAUUGGGCCUCAGCCGGUGCCGAAUACAUUGUGGAAAGCACGGGUGCCUUCACCACUUUGGAGAAGGCUGGUGUGCAUUUGACCAAGGGCGCCAAAAAGGUGGUAAUCUCCGCCCCUUCGGCUGAUGCCCCCAUGUACGUGAUGGGCGUCAACCACGAGCAAUACGAGAGCAGCCAACAUGUAGUGUCCAAUGCCUCGUGCACCACCAACUGCCUGGCUCCAUUGGCCAAAGUCAUUAACGACAACUUUGGCAUCGUCGAAGGUCUCAUGACCACGGUUCACGCUGUCACCGCCACCCAGAAGACCGUGGACGGACCCUCCAACAAGGAUUGGCGUGGUGGCCGCGGCGCCGGACAAAACAUCAUCCCCUCCUCCACGGGUGCCGCCAAGGCUGUGGGCAAGGUCAUCCCAGAACUUAACGGAAAGCUCACCGGUAUGGCAUUCCGCGUGCCCACGCCUGACGUGUCGGUGGUCGAUUUGACCGUGCGUCUGGCCAAGGAGGCCACAUAUGCCGAGAUCUGCGCUGCCGUCAAGGCCGCCGCCGAUGGGCCUCUCAAGGGUUACUUGGGCUACUCGGACGAGGAUGUGGUGUCUUCAGACUUCAUUGGCGACUCCCACUCGUCCAUUUUCGAUUCCAAGGCCGGCAUCCAACUCUCCCCCACUUUCGUCAAAUUGAUUUCUUGGUACGACAACGAAAUGGGCUACUCCAACCGCGUCAUUGACUUGAUUCAAUACAUGCAAUCCAAGUAGAGAGGAAAUCUCCAAUCCGGCAUUGCAUCAUCCGUCGGAUCACCGCUCUAACAUCCGCGGAAACGAAAACAAAAAAUAAAAAUAUUGGAUUGGGUGUCGGGAAUUCUGAACACCAUAACAUCUGCAAGAUCUAUCUUUUAUGACGUCUCUUAAGCUAUGCUUUAACACAUUGGGCAUGUGAUGUUUCAUUUGAUGUACGAAUUAGCCACGUUUCCAGUUGCACCCCAAGUUCAUGUGACUAUUGUGCUACGUUUGGAAAAUAAAUUUCAGUGAGUAGUUUA